AUGUCUCAGUCUCAGCAUUCGUCCGUUCCCUACGGGCCCAUAGUCUCCGCCGACGACCAUGAGAUGCGCGAAGUGUCGAGUAGAACCGCUACACCUCUCCCUGCCGGCGCCUAUCUGCCUCCAAACCCUCAUUCUACAAGCUACCUGACGCCCUACCACGACAAUCCAAGCAAUGCAGAAUUUGGUGCACCCAAUCCAGCUUUCCUCGGCGAGGCCGGCACGCGUAGCUCGUAUGGCCAAGCGUCCACGGCCCGUUCAUCUGCAUACGGCUCCAUUGCACCUCUUCAUGACCACCGUGGGUCGGCCUAUGUCGACGAACCCUCGGGAUGGUCGGCAGCUCCCAAGCGCUCAAUCGACUUGCACGACAAACAAGAGUUGUACGAGGCUCCAAGACGAAAAUCAAAGAAGAAGAUUGUCUUCUGGGCCUUGACGGCGCUUGCGCUGGCAAUUAUUGCUGCAGCGGUGGUCAUCCCCGUCUACAUUUUUGUCAUCAAGAAAAAGGACAACUCGGGUGGUGGCAGCGGCUCCAACAGUGGACACUCGAAUACGGGUCACGGAGGCAAUAACAACAAUAACAACAACAACAACCAGGACACGACGGUCACUUGGGGUGGCGAUGGUUCCAUUGUUACCAAGGAGGACGGCUCGACAUUCAGAUACAACAAUACACACGGCGGCUAUUGGGUUUUUGAUCCCAAGAAUCCACUCAACAACAGUGCGCGUGCUCAAUCUACGACUCCGUCCCUUGCCGAGCCAUGGAAAUGGGGAGAGGAUCAAAUUUUCGGCGUCAACCUUGGUGGCUGGUUCACGCUCGAGCCUUUCAUCUCGCCAGCUCUCUAUGAACCGUUCUACCCAAAUGCGGUCGAUGAGUGGACUCUGUCGACUCUUCUCCAACAGCGAGACGGAAAUCUCAAUGUCAUUGAGGAGCACUACAAGACGUUCAUCGUCGAGGAGGACUUCGCCAUGAUCGCUGCUGCCGGUCUCAACUGGGUCCGCAUCCCACUCCCGUUCUGGGCCAUCGAAACGUAUCCCGGCGAACCCUUCCUCGCUCGCACCUGCUGGACCUACUUCCUCAAGGCAAUCGAAUGGGCCCGCAAGUACGGUAUCCGCAUCAACCUCGACUUGCACGCCGUCCCUGGAUCCCAAAACGGCUGGAACCACAGCGGCAAGAUGGGCCAGGUCAACUUUCUGAAUGGUGUCAUGGGUCUCGCCAACGCUCAACGCACGCUCGACUACAUUCGCAUCCUCGCCGAAUUCAUCUCCCAGCCCGAGUACGCCAACAUUAUCCAAUACUUUGGUAUCAUCAACGAGCCGGGAUCAGGCACGGGCAACUAUCCCAAGAGCGCAAUUGAAUCCUUCUACGCAGAGGCAUACAAGAUCAUUCGUGGCAUUGGCGGUAAUGGAAACGGUAAUGGGCCCGUCAUCUCGAUCCACGAAGCCUUCUACGGCCUCGGUGGUUGGACCGACUUUCUUCCGGGCGCUGACCGCUUGGCUUUGGAUCAACAUACCUAUCUCGUCUUCGGUCCGCUCAUCAAUCAACCUCCGGCGGCCUUCCCGGCCAUUGCCUGCACCCAGUGGAGCGCAGCGACCGCUGCUAGUAUGAGUGCAUUCGGUCAAACAGGAGCUGGAGAGUGGUCCUUAGCUAUCAACGACUGCGGCCUCUAUCUCAACACUGUUGGAGGUGGCACCAGAUAUGAAGGAACAUUUGAUGGUCAGCCGCGCAUUGGCAGCUGUGCGCCGUGGCAAGAUUACGCAACUUGGGACCAGUCGAUCAAGGAUGCCCUCCGCAAUCUUGCUCUUGCCAGCAUGGACUCUCUCCAAGAUUCCUUCUUCUGGACAUGGCGUAUCGGAGAGUCGCGUGCCAGUGGCAAGGUCGAAACACCAUUCUGGUCCUACAAGCUCGCCGUUCAAGAAGGCUGGGCACCUGCCAAUCCUCGUGAUUCCAGAGGCUACUGCGCCAGUAUCGGUGCACCCGCUAACACCUUUUCUGGCGCCUAUACGCCCGCGCAAGUCGGUGGGCCCGGCGCAGGCACUGCCGUCCAGGGACUGGAUUCGUACCCAUGGCCUCCAACUGCAAUUGGCGGCUAUCCAAGCGUCGCUGGCCUGCCGACGUACACCGCUACAGGCGCCCUUUCGACGCUCCCUGUACCGACGUUUGCGAGCGCGACGGCGUCUGUGGGCGAUGGGUGGACAAAUAAUGCAGAUACAACGCCCAUGGCUGUGCCUGUCGCUGGAUGCACGUACCCUGACCCAUGGAACGCGCUCACCGCUGCGAUCCCGGCAUGUGGUGUCUUUGCAAAACGUGAUGGAGACGCACCCGCCCCGACGGCUGCACCAAAGCACGUCAACACCCAUUAG